AUGGUGGCUGAAGAACAUGUGGCGCCAUCAAGACAAAAUCUCAGUUCUUCGUUUGAGGUUUCUGAUAGUGAUGAUGAUGAUGGUGUUAAUAGUGAUGAUGAUGAUGAUGAUAGUGAUAGUGAUGAUGAUGGUAUGGAUUUUCGUAUGUUUGUACCAUCGAAGGAGCCGGUCAAUGAGGUUGUGAUUUCUGUAGCUAAGACAGAAAAGGAAAUCAACAUUUUUAAGCAACCAAACGAUCCCACACCCGAACAGAUGGAAGCUCUUAUCGCACAAUUACAGUCAAAUGCAAGGAAGCCUCCCCAAGUAGUUCCUGUUACUUCUGAGUCUCCAUUUGAGAGUGAUAAAGACUAUUCAAACGUCUCCUUGGUGCAAAUAAAGCGAAGACGUAGAGAUCCAAGGCCGGUAGUGCUUGUUACUGAACCAGUACAACAGCCAACUCCGAUUGUUGAACCAGCCCAGGUUAUUCCAGAUGAUCAAAGUCCGACUGUAGAACCAGCCCAAAUUAUUCAAGAUGAUCAAAGCCCGAUUGUAGAACCAGCCCAGGUUCAUCAAGAUGUUCAAAGCCCAAUUCUUGAUGAAGAUUUUGACUUCUUAGCUAAUGAGGAAACUUUUGCCUCGGGAAGCUCUUCUGCUCCACCACCUCCAGAGCAUGAUUUUGCAUCUGUCAAGCUAGCCAAGCUACUUGCUUUUCAAGACUCUAUUCCUCGGUCCAAAGGAAAGGGAAUAUCUAUUGGCUCCGGUCAAGGAGGUGAUGAAGACUCUCAUCAAACCAUUUCUGAGCUCAAACAAGAGAUUGUGAUUUUCAAGCAGGAAUCCAUUGAGAAGGACUUACUGAUUGGUAAUCUGGAUGUGAUAGUUCUAAUCUUGAAAAGGAGAACUCCGUUAAAGAUGCAAAGAUUUUAG